AUGCGUCGUCUGUUGUGCACUGCGCUGCUCUUGCUGUGUUGUGCCUACGGGUGCAUUGCAGCUGUUGUGCAGCCGCUACCAAAGAGAGGACAGGGUCCCUGGGAUACGUACACCGUCUCUGUUGCCGAUACUGAUGAUGAUGAUGAUCCCACUGAGAAGGUUAAAGAGAAUUGGCAACCCAUUCGCAUUGCUGUUUCCCCAAAGGGUGUCUCUGAUGCAGUUCACUACUGUCGCAGCAGAAAGCUUGGUGCACGUUGGGGCUACCCGCGAAAGACAAAUUUCGACCAGGCUCUGUGUCAUCCAACCGAGGGAAUGACUCUAGAGAGGGCUAAUCUCUUCGUCAAUAAGAUUCUCCGUGCUGCUAUCAGGCUACAUGCUGAACGUCUCAAGGUCAAGCGUGAGAGUGGUAAAUUAAUAAUUACAGGAGACACUGUUCUUUUUUUUGGCAAACUGUGCCCAGAAGUUAAAAUCCCCUCAGAACACGAAAAAGAAGGUGUUGCCAAUGCUGAUUUUGUGCUGUACGCGGGUGUUUCGAUCUAUAAACCCGAUACAGUGGUUUGCUCUUACAAUCUCCAGAAACGCCCGAUUGCUGCCAGUAUGAAUAUCAGACCGAAAGACAUCGCUGAUACGAGACAUUUCACUCGCAUUGUUGCACACGAACUUGGACAUGGGCUUGGAUUUGACAACAUGGCGUUAAACAAAGUGUCUGCUCUGGUAUCAGUCGUUCGAAACGACGUUCAUUAUGAGCUCAGGCACGCUUUAAUAAAGGAGAAGGUUUCUGAGCACUAUGGUUGCCCUGCUGCUACUGGCAUGAGGCUGGAAAAAGAUAAAGGAAACCAGGUAAUCAGGCACUUUGAUCGGCGUAUUGCGAAGGAUGAGCUGAUGAGUCCAUACAGCGGCAGCAGCAAUGGAAUGUUCUACACCGCACUGACACUUGCUGUAUUUGAGUCUACAGGGCACUACAAGGCAAAUUUCGCCAAGGCUGAAAAUAUGAGUUGGGGACGGAAUGCCGGCUGUGUUUUCCUCAAGAAGAAGUGCCGAGACGACAGUCUGUCUAACUACGGCGAUAUGUUCUGCGAUAUUGACUCGGCGGGACCGCUGCAGUGCACAUCGGAUCGCUUUGCUCUUGGAAAAUGCAGUCAAACGUGGAAAUCGGAUGCUCUCAGUUGGCAGAAAUGUAUGUCCCGCUACGCUGAGAACGAAAUGGCAGAGCUGGAUGAUGUGUGUCCCAUUAUCAAA